AUGCAGAGUCGACUGAUGCAGUUAAGCGGCGGCGGCGGCCACGGCAGCAUCGCGUUGAGGAAGGGGCCGUGGACAGCGGAGGAGGACGAGAUCCUGGUGGAGUACGUGAGGAAGAACGGCCCCCGCAACUGGAGCUCCAUUCGAACCCAAGGCUUGCUCCUCCGCGACAGGAAAUCAUGCCGCUUCCGCUGGGUCAACGUACUGCAGCCCGGUCUCAAGACAGGGUGCAAGUUCUCGGAGGAGGAAGAGCGGGUGGUGAUCGAACUGCAGGCGCAGUUGGGGAAUAAGUGGGCGAGGAUCGCCACCUACUUGCCCGGCCGAACCGACAACGAUGUCAAGAACUUCUGGUACACCAGGCAGCAGCGACUCGCCAGGAGUCUGCGCGAUUUGCGCCGGCCAGAAGCGACUCGCCAGGAUUCUGCAAACUCCCAGCCCCUUCCUCCUCCUCCUCCUCCUCCUCCUCCUCCUCCGCAGGAUCAAUAUGCAUCCGCUUCGCAGAUGCUAAUCCAGGAUUCUGCAAACUCCCAACCCCUUCCUCCUCCUCCUCCUCCUCCUCCUCGGCAGGAUCAAUAUGCAUCCGCUUCGCACAUCCUAAUCCAGGAUUCGUUUACGGAUGAUCAUCUCCGCCAGCUCGAUGGCGUCGUCGACUACGAUUUAGAGUACUCCUUCAUGAACUACAGCUCUUCAAUGCUCGAAUUUGACGUGCCCCCGCAGCUCUUCACCGCCCCUUGGCAGUCAUCCCUCGACCUCCCGCCCGACCUCGAUCUCUGGCAGUUCCAGGACCCACAUUUCAGCCAUCGGCUCCUCCCUGAGGAGCCACGCUUCUUCGGCGUGAUGAGGUCGGAUCAGGAGACGGAGUUGCCAUGGCCACUGGACAAUUUCGACGAGUUACCGCACGACAUGUUCGAUUUCAUCGACCAGCCGCCACCGCCACCGAUUACCAACUCGUGCUAG